AUGCCUCACGCGCUGUGGCUAGUGAUCUCACUGUCGGUCAUUGGAAUUGUGACAUGCAAUCCAACCACUCUGCGUCCACUGUAUGGACAGAGGUAUGAGGAAGAGGCCCUGCCGCCGAUCUACAAUAGUUUGAGUGAUGUGCAGAAGUAUCCACCGAGUGAAUACACGGAGCCCAUCUUCUUGCCUAUUCCCGCCAAAAAUUACCACCCCCAGAAGACGCACGAGACCUUAAGCCGGGAGCCGAAAGACUUCAACCCUCUGGACUUCAGUGCUUACACAGUGAGACCCAGUAGAAAUUCUAAAGCUGAGGAAUCCGAGGAAGUGACUGAGAGUUCCAGGGAAAGUACAGUGACAAAUGCUCCGCCAAAGGACUUCCCAAUGCCCAGUUAUGUGACGUUUUAUGGCAAAAUAUUGCCUCGAAUUGAGAAACUACCGGAUAACAGACCUCAGCCUUUGAUAGCUCCUCGGCCAAAGCCUCGACGCUCUAUGAAUCAAUUCCUGGGAAAUCCUACAGCCAUUCCGCUAAGGCUGAAGAAUGAUGAAUUGAGAGCCAAUAAGCAGACAAAGUUCAGGGAUGUAGAAUUUAUCCAUCCGACAGUUGGCAGGGCUCGAGAUGUGGACAAAGCUCGUCUGAUUCAAUUUGAAGACACCACGGAGAAAAAUCAAGAUUUAGAAGUUGAGAGAGAAUUGACAAAGAAAAUCCUCUACGACGAUGUAUUUUACCAUCCGGAAAGCAAGAGAAAACAUAAGAGAAAGACACCCAAGUUGGCAUCUUAUAAGAAUCCCAAGAAUAAGCCUAAUGACGGAGAUUUCUCAUUUAUUGUCUUCACCGGUGACAAAAAUGGGGGCAAGAGCUUGGACAAGAGUGCAAAGCUCAGGAGUCCUUUGAAGAAUUUUCCGGGAAAGAAACGAGAGCGAGGAAUUAUCACUAACACGACUAAAGUGUAUUAUAACUUUGAGCACACUCACAAGCCGAAUAAGCAACAGGCGCAGGCGUCGGAUCACUACGAAACAACCCUUCCCAAUCCUGAACUCUCAGACGCCACUGAGAGAUAUUCUUCCAAAUAUCGCACACCAGAUUGGGAAAUCCUCUCGGAUGAGAAGGAAUACUCUGGCCAACAGCGACCACCCUUUCUUCCCACUGUUCUCACACCACUGGUGAGAAUUGAGAAGCCCCAAACUGAUGACUACCUUGACGAUCAAAAGGAGGCAAAUAGUGAUAAGUCUGAGAAGCAGAAGAACAGAGAUUCAGACGAUGUUCAGCAAUACUUUCAAUUCGUUAAUGUACUAGGACAUGAUGGUAGUUAUAAUGCUGGUGCACGGAAAGGAAAUGAUAAUCACUUUGUAGAAUCUUUUGAGCGCAAGGGAAAGGGGAAAUUUCAGAGAAAAGUUCGCUGGGGCGACAAGGAGGGUGGCUACGGCGAACACGUCUGGGAUCUGAAUCAUCACAAGGAAGCAAAGUCCGCCUGAGAGAGAGACAAGAGUGAUCUUAGAGUAGAGAAUUUUAUAUACACACACACGUAGGGACAAUUAAA